GCGGCAGCCGCAGCAGCAGCAGCCGACACAGACAGACAGCCGGCGAGUCGGCGGUUUCUGGCCAGCGGCGCAGUCAGGGCCCGCACCCGUCUCUCUGGCAGGCAGGAGUCGGCGGAGACGCAGAGAAGCGCAGCUCGGUUGCCAGCAGCGAGAAGAAGGAAGAGGAGGAGGAGGAGGAGGAGAGCGACAGCGACAGCGACAGCAGCGGCAGCGGCGACGACAGCGACGAGGAGAUGGAGCGCCGGCGCGCCGACGAGCCGCCCGUCCCCGACUUGGGCGCGCCCGUCCAGCUGUACGUGUACGACCUGACGAGGGGGAUGGCCGCCGUCAUGUCGCACAUGCUGCUCGGUCGCCACGUGGAAGGCAUCUGGCAUUCAGGGGUCGUUACGUACGGCCGCGAAUACUUCUUUGGAUCAAACGGUGUACAGAGCUGCAACCCGGGUGGCACUGUUUUGGGAGAUCCUGACAGAGUAAUAGAUCUUGGUGAGACAUACAUACCGUACCCUGUCUUUCUAGAAUAUAUUCUUGGAUUAGGUGAAUCAACAUUCAGUCCAAUAUCGUAUGACAUAUUCUCACACAACUGUAAUAACUUCUCUCAUGAAGUAGGACAAUUCCUCUGUGGAAAGGGGAUUCCCAAAUAUAUACUUGAUCUGCCAGAAGAAAUUCUUUCCACGCCCCUAGGGCAGAGUCUUCGCCCUGUUAUUGAUAGCCUGAAUCAAAUUUCAAGAGGUGUUGGAAUAAACACUGGUAGUGAUCUGAGAAAUUACACACCACAAGAUUCACGUCGAAGCCGUCAGGAAUCACCAGAAUUUGCUGAAUUAAAUUCAGCUAUCGAAGAAGUCAGACGUAAUUCUGUAGCACUUGAAGAAAGACGAAAUGUUAUUAAUGAGAAACUAGCAAAGAAAGACCGCAAAAAGAAGAAGAAAAAGAAGCGUGAAAAGAAGAGGAUAGAUCUGGAGUGUGGAAGUAGUUCGGCCGAGUUCACUCCCGACAGUGCUAGUUCAAGUCCAAGUCGAACAAACAUGGCUGACAGUGUUAUUGAAGCACCUGAGGAGCAGCAGCAGCAGCAGCAGCAGCAGCAGCAAGAUGAGGAAGAUAAAAGGCCACAGCAGUCUGCUGCCGAUGUGGUGGCUGAAAUAGAGGCCGAGGAGAGGAAGGAGCGUGAAGAGAGAAAGAAGCAACGUGAACCACCCAUUGUGUUUAAAGAUGUUGUCAGUGUACCUGCAGAGUUUGAUUCUCUUGUGGAUAAAGUGGAAAACAUUUUAAAUGCUGAAGAGCGGCAAUCCUUGGAGGAACUUCACCAAUAUAUGUUAGAAGAUGAAGGAUCAUGGGCGCUUGGAGAUGGAUUCCUUAACUUUGUUGGUCGUGUACUUCAUGAUACAUCUCUCAAUCCAGAAGUACGAGUACAUUUGUUAAACUUACUAGCAGCAGCUGCACUCAAAGAUGACGUCAUACUUCUCUUGCACCAAGACCGUCGAGAGCAUGUUCUAAUGAAUUAUGCACAUGAUGUGGACAGACUAACACAGGCAGAACAGGAAUCCCUUGCACUCUUUAUUUGUAACAUGUUUGAAAACUUGAGCAGUUCAGAGUGGCUUUUGUACAUCUCAGAGUGGGAAUACUGUGGGCGAACUAUUAGUAACAUACGUGUUACAACGAAGGUGGCUGUUCAUUCUCUCCUCUCAGAUAUUCCAUUGCUGCAAGAACGAGGCUCUGCCAUAAUCCACAACUUGGCCUGCAAGGAGAGAAUGAGCAUAAACAAAAAUCUUAGAAGACUUUUACCCCGUGGAUGCAAGUCAAAGGUGUUUGAUGAUGUAGCUGUCGAGUUGACAAUGGCACUCCUGCAGUUCUUCAACAGCAGCCCUCCAGAAGAGCAUUUAUUCCGUUGCAUGAAAGCUCUUGCCCGUUUCUGUCACAUUGCAAGCCAAGAUGUGCCACAGCUCAUCCAGAUGAUUGGUCCUGAGCCAACAAAAUUCCGUGGCACUUCAGAGAGAAUUGAUGCACUUAUUGAUCAAAUUGCAUCACGCUUACAUUAAUUACAUUAAUUAAUUACAUUAAUUAAUUAAAGGGACAUGAGACUUUUAUUCAAGUUAUGUAAUACUGAAAUGUUUCUUGUGUAUAUAACUUGAUUAUUUCUACACUUCUUUUGUAUUUUGUGGAAUUGUACAAAGGCUGUAAUAAAAGUAAUAGUAUUUGAA